CCUCCCACCCCGAACUCCGAUCGAGGCGAUGCCCCCCACACCACACGUCCGCGACCGCGACGCCGCGACGCUACCGCCACCACCACCGCCACUACCCGGCCAUGGCCACGCUGCUCCCCUCGUUUCCGCACGCCCUCUCCAAGCCCCGCCACCUCCACCACCACUCCCACGUCGCCGCCGCCUCCGCCAGGCCCGAGGCCCCCAGCCCCGCCUCCGCGGCCCCCGCCAGCUCCCGCCUCCGCCGCCUCAUCGCGCGCGACGACCUCGCCGAGGCCGCGCGCCUCGUCGAGACCUCCUCCUCCCGCGGCGAGGCGCCCGACGUCUACCUCUGCACCAAGCUCAUCCGCAACCUCUGCCGCCGAGGCCGCACCUCCGACGCCGCGCGCGUCCUCCGCACCGCCGAGGCCUCCGGCGCCCCGGUCGACGUCUUUGCCUACAACACCCUCGUCGCCGGCUACUGCCGCUACGGCCGCCUCGACGCCGCGCGCCGCCUCAUCGCCGAAAUGCCCGUCCCGCCCGACGCCUACACCUACACGCCCAUCAUCCGGGGCCUCUGCGACCGCGGCAGGGUCGGCGACGCGCUCGCCCUGCUCGACGAUAUGCUCCAGCGCGGCUGCCAGCCCAGCGUCGUCACCUACACCGUCCUCCUCGAGGCUGUGUGCAAGAGCAGCGGCUUCGGAGAGGCCAUGAACGUCCUCGACGAGAUGCGUGCCAAGGGCUGCACGCCUAACAUUGUCACCUACAACGUCAUCAUCAACGGCAUGUGCAGGGAGGGCCGCGUCGACGAUGCCAGGGAGAUCUUGAACCGGCUGUCGUCUUAUGGCUUCGAGCCCGACAUCGUCAGCUACACCACUGUGCUCAAGGGCCUGUGUGCUGCUAGGCGGUGGGACGACGUCAAGGUGCUCUUUGCUGAGAUGGUGGAGAAGAAUUGCGUGCCGAAUGAGGUUACCUUUGACAUGCUAGUCAGAUUCUUCUGUCGUGGGGGUAUGGUGGAGAGGGCAAUCGAAGUUCUUCAGCAAAUGUCACAGCAUGGAUGCACACCCAACACUACCUUGUGCAACAUUGUCAUAAACGCUAUGUGUAAACAAGGUCGUGUGGAUGAUGCCUAUGACUUCUUGAACAACAUGGGCAUGUAUGGGUGCAAUCCUGAUACCAUUAGCUAUACUACUGUGCUAAGGGGCUUGUGUCGCUCCGGACGAUGGGAGCAUGCCAAGGAGCUAUUGCCGGAGAUGGUCCUAAAGAACUGUCCCCCAAAUGAGGUUACAUUCAAUACAUUCAUAUGUAUCUUGUGCCAGAAAGGAUUGAUUGAGCAAGCUAUCAAGCUUAUUGAACUGAUGCCAGAGUAUGGAUGUUCAGUGGGUAUUGUCACAUACAACGCUCUUGUCCAUGGCUUCUGUGUGCAAGGGCGUGUUGAUAGUGCUCUUGAGUUGUUUAACAAUCUUCCAUGUGAGCCCAACACCAUUACAUACACUACGUUGUUGACAGGCUUGUGCCAUACCGAGCAGCUGGAUGCUGCUGCAGAGCUCUUGGCUGAGAUGAUUCAGAAGGAUUGCCCUCUAAAUGCAGUGACUUUCAACGUACUUGUGAGUUUCUUCUGUCAAAAAGGGUUUGUCGAGGAAGCAAUCGAACUUGUGUAUCAAAUGAUGGAGCAUGGUUGCACCCCUAACCUGAUCACAUUUAAUACUUUACUCGAUGGGAUCACCAAGGAUUGCAACUCAGAAGAAGCGCUGGAGCUAUUGCAUGGUUUGGUCAGUAAGGGGGUAUCCCUAGAUACGAUAACCUACUCUUCAGUCGUUGAUGUCCUCUCAAGAGAAGAUAGAACUGAAGAAGCCAUUCAGAUGUUUCAUGCCGUGCAAGAUAUGGGGAUGAGACCAAAAGCUGGGAUGUAUAACAAGAUACUGUUCGCCCUCUGUAAAAGAUGUGAAACAGAUCAGGCUAUUGAAUUUUUUGCUUAUAUGGUGUCUAACGGUUGCAUGCCUAACGAGUCGACCUACAUUAUACUCAUUGAAGGCCUUGCCCAUGAGGGUAUGUUGAAGGAGGCACGAUAUGUACUGAGUGAGUUGUAUGCGAAAGGAGUUCUAAGCAAGAGUUUACUUGAAGACCAGCACUAAGGUUGUGGUUCACACUCUGCAUAUGCCUUAUUACUGAAGAGUGAGAAAGAAAAUUGUGCAUAUGCCUUGAGUCAUGAGGCUUUGGUGCUUAUUAAAUUCUGCUGAGUCUCCAUGGGCCUCACUUUCAGCAAGCUGGAAUCGGGUGGCAUGUUUUAUGUGUGUGCUUCAAGCUACAAUGAUCCAUAAAGAUGGGAUAGGUGAGCAGUACAAACACAGAAAUCAUGAGGAUGAACUUUCUUCCAGGUUUUUUAAGUGUGAAGACCAAGGAAAUCAAAAGGACGGUCUGCAGGAUAACACAAGCAAAUAAGAUAAAAGCAUGUUCAUACUUAUAACGGCCUAAUAAAAGAUACAGGCCAAUAAAGUUUCUUAGAAACACUUCUCAGUUUCAGCAGUUUGAGACUAAAUUGUUGAAUUAUUUGACUAUACUUCUCCGUGUGUAUAAACAUUUUGGUUUGUCUUCCAUGAGCAAUGGUUUCCCUGACUGAAUAUUCACAUGUCAAAAGAGUACUGCAAGUGAGGAAAAUAUAAUGUCAGCUGGAUCUAUUUUUAAUCUAUGAACAGGCUAUCUACGCGUACCAAUUUCAUCAUCAAGAAUUUGCAUAUUGGUGAAACCACAGGGCAUGAUGUGAGAUACCAUUCACAGGUUGGCUGUUGUUAGAACACCUAUACCCAUCGUUGUCUGCAGCAAAGGGCACAGGUUCAGAGUGAACCUCAUGUUCUUUUUUUGGCUUCAAAGUUGGAACCGCAGUUCGAUGGCUCAUAAGUCAUAUAUGAUGGUUCAUCACUUACCAGUUAUACCUAUACUGCUUUAGUGUCCACGGUGACAUGGGCGCAUUGCAGGACUAACCAAAACUACCGUAUAUAUCCUUCAAGAUUUGGUUCAGUUUGUUGCAUGUUGAUUGGUUCUAAUUCAUCUGUUCAAAGCA